UUUUUCUUAAUUAGCCUGGCAAAAUCCCCCUUCUUUUUUUUUUUUUGCUAAACAACCCUGUCUGCUUCAUGCAACCUCCAUUUGCUUCCUGAAAAGAAGUCUCUCUCUUUCUCUCCCCUCUUUCUGUUUUUUCUUCUCCUUCUUGCAACGAAUCCGUUAGCUCAAGACUUUUUGCAAGGAGGAGCGUUUCCCCUGAAUUCCCUCCUCUGCCGCUUCUCUCUCUCUCUCCCUCUCUCUCUCCUUCUUCUCUUUCCAGCUGUUGCUUGGGGAAAAACUUUGCGCCCUGCGCUUGGAUAAGCUCUCAUCGGACCAACCGAAAUUUCCAGCAAGAAACCCGGGGCGGGGAGAAGAGAAAUAAAAAAACAAAAACAAAAUUAGAGAAAGAGCGAUGCCGCAGACUCCUGGCACAUGCUGAUCGCCGAGGACCAGCCCCUCCCCGCCGUGACGCCCGCCCCGCCCUUGCCGCCUCCUGCAGAGCACCCAGCGGCCGAGGAUGGCCACCCAGGAACGGGGGACCCCUGUCUAAGCAAGCGUGGCGGCUCAGCGAAAGCAAUGUUGGGGCAGACCCCCUCGGCCCCCAUCGCAGAGAGCAUCCUAGCCCACUAUGGCGACGGCCUGGAGGCUUCUAACCUGGACCCUCGUCUCGGCCGUGUCCGUGGGCAACCUCCCAGGCUACGCCUUCCAGUCGCAAGAGGAGUUCCUCUCAAGCCUCGACCACUAUGAGAUCGCCUUCCCCGUGCAGGUGGACCAGAAUGGGGACUUCCUGACGUUUGACGUGAAGAGCCCGCGAAAGCGGCGGGCCCGGCGCGGAACGGGGGCCCCCUCCCACGAGCCCCCCCGGGAGCAGCAGGUCUUCUACAGGGUCUCCGCCCACCGGGCGCAGUUCCUCCUCAACCUGACGCUGCACACGAACCUGCUGGCGGAGCGGUUCCGGGUGGAGUACUGGCGGCACGACGGGGUCGACCGGAAGCACGAGUUCCACGAGGACUGCCACUACUCUGGCCACCUGCAAGACGAGUACCUCAACUCCAAAGUCGCCAUCAGCAACUGCAACGGGCUGCAUGGUGUGAUCAUCGCAGACGGCGAGGAGUACUUCAUUGAGCCCCUGAGCCCCGGCACCAAUAUCAGUGGGGGGCACGAGAGCGAAGGGAGUCCCCAUGUGGUCUACAAGAGAUCGUCUCUCCAGCACCCACACAUGGACGCCGCCUGUGGGGUGCUAGACGAGAAGCCGUGGAAGGGCCGCCCGUGGUGGCUGCGGGCCUUGAAACCCUCCCCAGCGAAGACGCUGAGCAACUUCACCCAACGGGGGCAGCUUCCGCUGAAGAGGUCGGUCAGCACGGAGCGCUACGUGGAGACCCUCGUGGUGGCCGACAAAAUGAUGGUGGGCUACCACGGCCGGCGGGACAUCGAGCAGUACAUCCUGGCCAUCAUGAAUAUUGUUGCUAAACUUUUCCAAGACUCAAGUCUGGGCAAUAUUGUCAACAUACUGGUGACCCGGCUCAUCCUACUGACAGAGGACCAGCCCACCCUGGAGAUCAACCACCAUGCCGGAAAGUCUCUCGACAGCUUCUGCAAGUGGCAGAAAUCCAUUGUGAAUCGCAAUGGGAACGGGAACGCCAUCCCGGAGAACGGCAUCGCCAAUCACGACACCGCCGUUUUGAUCACUAGAUACGAUAUCUGCAUCUACAAAAACAAACCGUGCGGGACUCUAGGACUGGCGCCCGUGGGUGGGAUGUGUGAGCGGGAACGGAGUUGCUCCAUCAACGAAGACCUCGGCCUGGCGACAGCUUUCACUAUCGCCCACGAGAUCGGCCACACGUUUGGCAUGAACCACGAUGGCGUCGGAAACAGCUGCGGUUCCCGGGGGCAGGAGACGGCCAAGCUGAUGGCGGCUCACAUCACCAUGAAAACCAACCCUUUUGUGUGGUCCACGUGCAGUAGGGACUAUAUAACCAGCUUUCUUGACUCUGGGAUGGGCCUCUGCCUGAACAAUGCUCCACACAAGCAGGAUUUCGUCUACCCGACGGUGGCCCCAGGACAGGCUUACGAUGCAGAUGAGCAGUGCCGCUUUCAGUACGGAGUCAAAUCUCGCCAGUGUAAAUAUGGGGAAGUCUGCAACGAGCUCUGGUGCCUUAGCAAGAGUAACCGAUGCAUCACCAACAGCAUCCCGGCGGCCGAGGGGACCAUCUGCCAGACUAACACCAUCGAGAGGGGGUGGUGCUACAAACGGGAGUGUGUUCCUUUCGGCACACGGCCAGAGGGUGUGGAUGGAGCCUGGGGGACGUGGUCGCCAUGGGGAGAGUGCAGCCGGACUUGUGGGGGAGGUGUCUCCUCAUCCAUCCGCCACUGCGACAGCCCACGGCCGACGAUCGGUGGGAAAUACUGUCUCGGGGAACGGAAGCGUUACCGGUCUUGUAACACUGACGACUGCCUACCGGGCUCGCAAGACUUCCGAGAACUGCAGUGUGCCGAGUUUGAUAAUAUCCCCUUCCGAGGAAAGUAUUAUACCUGGAAGACGUACCGAGGAGGAGGCGUCAAGUCCUGUUCGCUCAACUGCCUGGCGGAAGGUUUCAACUUCUACACGGAGAGGGCGGCAGCCGUGGUGGAUGGAACACCCUGCCGCCAGGACUCCAACGACAUCUGUGUCAAUGGAGAGUGCAAGCACGUGGGCUGCGACCGCAUCCUGGGCUCGGACACCAAGGAGGACAAGUGCCGGGUCUGCGGAGGGGACGGGAGCUCCUGCGAGACCAUUGAAGGACUUUUCAACCACUCGCUGCCGGACGGAGGCUACGAAGAGGUGAUAUGGAUCCCCAAAGGAUCGGUGCAUAUCGACAUCCGGGAGCUCAACCUUUCCUUGAACUACCUUGCUCUGAGAGGGGAGAACGACGAGUACUUUGUCAACGGAAAGCUCUCCAUUGACCCACCCCGGCGCUUUGACAUCGCCGGGACCACCUUCCACUACAGACGCGCUCAAGACGAGCUGGAGUCCCUGGAAUCCCUGGGCCCCACCAACGUCACCCUCAUCGUCAUGGUGCUCGUCAGGGAAGAACUGCAGAGAAUCCGCUACAAGUUCAAUGCACCCAUCGUCCGUGGUUCCGUCGCCCAGUACUUGUGGCAGUAUGUCUCAUGGACAAAAUGCUCGGCCCUCUGUGGCGGAGGCAGCCAGGUCCAGCCCGUCGUCUGCCGCAACCAAGCCGACAGCUCCACGGUCUUCAACCACCUCUGCAGCCCCGACACUAAGCUGCCCGAGAGACAGAGAUUGUGCAACACUGAGCCCUGCCCACCGGCCUGGGUGAUCGGGAACUGGUCCGAGUGCAGCCGCAGCUGCAACCAAGGCGUCCGCACCCGGAGCGUGACCUGCCGGCGCAAAAUCUCCACCACGGAGGAGAAGAUCCUGGACGACACCGCCUGCAACUCCCCACGCCCCCGCGUGCUGGAGCCCUGCGGCAACCAGACCUGCCCCCCAGAAUGGGCCGCCCUCGACUGGUCUGAAUGCACCCCAAACUGUGGGCCCGGCUUCCGCCACCGAAUCGUCCUCUGCAAGAGCGGCGACCACACCUCCACCUUGCCCACCUCCCAGUGUCCCGAGGACGCCAAGCCCCCAACCAGUAUAAGGUGCAGCCUUCGGCGUUGUCCACCCCCGCGCUGGGUCACCGGCGAGUGGGGAGAGUGCUCUGGGCAGUGCAGUUUUGGCCAGCAACGCCGUUCGGUCCAGUGCAUGACCCACACGGGGCAGCCCUCCGGGGAGUGCAUAGAAGCCCUCAAGCCUGCGGCGGCACAGCAGUGCGAGAGCAAGUGUGACUCGGGACCCACAGAGAACCCCGAAGAAUGCAAAGAUGUGAACAAGGUCGCCUACUGCCCUUUGGUGCUAAAGUUCAAGUUCUGUAGCCGGCCUUACUUCCGACAGAUGUGCUGCAAAACCUGCCAGGGGCGUUAAACUGGCAGCGGCGGCUGGGGGGGGGGGAGCACGCUCUCGGUGCCUCAAGGAAAUCGGGAAGGCUCGGGUCAAGGGGUGGCUGUGCCCUUCCCCCACCCCACCGCCCAUCCCUUCCCCCAGGACCGCCAACGAGCAGGCAAGAGUCUCCGUGGGGAGUGCAGCAGAGCGCGGUGCGAGGGGCCGCUGUGCCUCGGGCAGAGGACCUGGGAGUGCAUUACUUGAAACUCUGACAUUAUUAUUUAUUUUAGUAUCACAGCUGGGUGCCGCCGUUGCCCUGCCCACCCGACGGUGUGGGAGUAGCCCACCCGAGUCACUAGUGCCCCAUCAGCAUCCCAUCCCCCCCAUUUUUCCAGUCCCAGAAUUCUCCCCUACUCAGUGGGUUGGCUGUUGCGAGCCCCACAGAGGAGGCAUAGCACAGGAGUCUGGGUCUGGGAGUCGGGCAGGGAUCCUGAGCUGCAGGCAAAUGGCCGUGAAAAGAAUACAGCAAGGCCUCGGGGAAGGCUCGCUUAAGAGAAACAAGCAGGUGACAGGAUCUUACCUGUUCAUCUCCAGGUCUGGGGUUGUCCAAAGCUGCAAAGGAGGAAGAUCCAGGAAUUUGGACACAGACCUCUUGUUUUCAGAGCCCAGGGGUUUGCGGCCAAAUCAGAGCCUGCGAGUGAGGGAAGAUCCUAGGAUAUUUUUUAGAACUGUUUAUGUCCCACUGACAUAAACUGUUUUUGUGGGUAAAAGCCUCAGCGCCUAGGGCUUGCCGAUCAAAAGGUCGGUGGUUCGAAUCCCCACGGCGGGGUGCGCUCCCGUUGCUCGGUCCC